UAUGCUAACCAACCAACUUAUGAUGAAUCCUCAGACAAAGUAAACAGUCAUAUUCCUUCUAAGCUUAAGUACUUCAGAGGAUUAACCGAAGAAAAAGGAGUUAAAUUCACCAAACAGAUACCAAAACUUGAGAUGGAAGUCCAAACGCCACAUGAUCUUUCUAUGUCCACCAAGGAGGAGUUUAAAUAUGGACCAUCAUACCAGAAACUGAAGCAAUUGAAAACACAGGCCGUAAAAGAGCCUUUAAAUGGCCCCAAGGACUUGCUUGAUAUUGAAGGUAAAAGAGUUUGCAAACCAGACACACUUGAAAAUCUCUAUGGAGCAAUUGCCUUUAAGGAUUUCAUUGUACAGAAGGGCUAUAAUAUGCCAGGAAUACUCCAGAAGUUUUUUAUGAAAAAGGGAUGGAAUUAUGACUCUGUUAGUACUCCUAUACCAAGUGUAUUAAAAAAAUAUGAAACGAUUCUGCAAAAAAUGGAUGAUGACGAUUAUGAAAAUGACGGAAAGGAACUUGAUUAA